AUGCGUAUGCUUUCCUUCCUUUCCUGCCUACUGGCAGCGGGAGGCCCUCUGGCCGCCCUGGCCCUGCCCUCCCCAAUCGGUCACGGCGCCUCAAGCGCCGCCGAGACUCACCUCGAGGAACGCCAGGCAAGCUCAUACUGGCUAGAAACUAUCCAGAAGCAGGGACGUGCGGCCUUCAAUGCGAAUCCGGCUGCAUACAAGGUCUUCCGAAAUGUUAAGGACUACGGGGCAAAAGGCGAUGGUGUUACUGACGACUCGGCUGCUAUCAAUGCUGCAAUCACCGACGGCAAUCGUUGCGCUCCGUGGGUAUGCGAGUCCUCAACGGACACUCCUGCUAUCGUCUACUUCCCCAGCGGUACAUACGUAAUCGGAAAGCCGAUUAUCAUGUACUACAUGACACAACUUCAUGGAAACCCCAACAGCCGGCCAGUGCUCAAGGCCUCACCAAGUCUACAAGCUCUGGCGUUGAUCGAUGCUAGUCCCUAUCAGGAUGGCACGGGAAAGCCAGGGUGGACAUCGACCAAUGUGUUUGCUCGACAAAUUCGCAACUUUGUCAUCGACUUGACUCCGAUUCCUGCCACCAGCGGCGCUCAGGGUAUCCAUUGGCCAGCAUCUCAGGCGACCAGCAUCCAGAACGUUAAGAUUCAGAUGAACGUUGCAACGAACUCGGUGCAUGCUGGUAUCUUCAUCGAGAAUGGUUCCGGAGGACAUCUCACAGACAUCGAAACCGUGGGUGGUUUGUACGGACUAAAUGUGGGCAACCAACAAUUUACCAUGAAGAACAUCAAGAUUUCGAAUGCCGUUAUCGGUAUCAGCCAAAUCUGGAACUGGGGAUGGCUGUGGAAGGGUCUUACAAUCAGCGACUGCAGCACUGCCGCGUUUUCGAUGAAGGGUCUGAAGGACAACAGUCCUGAUCAAAACGUAGCAUCAGUGAUCAUUAUUGACAGCACCAUCACCAACUGUCCGAUAUUUGUGGACUCGGCUUGGACUAAGACUUCUACCGCGUCUGGCGCUGGUCAACUCAUUCUGGAGAACAUCGCUCUGAGCAACGUUCCUGUCGCUGUCAAGGGUCCAAGCGGAACUGUCCUUGCAGGCGGUACCACCACUAUUACAGGCUGGGGCCAAGGUAACCAGUAUACCCCUGAUGGGCCGACCAAGUUCCAAGGUGCGAUCACUCCGAAGCGCCCCGCCGGCCUUCUGGAUGGCAAGAACUUUUACGCCAAGUCUAAGCCUCAAUACGAAACUAUCGCGGUCGGCAACUUUGUAAGCGCACGCACUUCUGGAGCUAAGGGUGACGGAAGUACGGAUGAUACUACUGCGCUCCAGAAUGCAAUCAACUCUGUUGCUUCUUCCGGCAAGAUACUCUUCCUCGAUCACGGCCAUUACAAGAUCACGAAGACCCUUUACAUUCCUGCCGGUACUAAGAUCGUGGGUGAGACGUACCCUAUCAUCUUGGCUAGUGGCAGCACUUGGAGCAGCAAGACAAACGCCGUGCCGGUCGUCCAGAUUGGCAAGGCUGGCGAAAGCGGCAGCGUUGAACUAUCUGAUUUCCUGAUCGGUACUCAGGGACCAACUCCUGGCGCUAAGCUGAUCGAGUACAACAUGGCGACGACUAAAGGCUCUGGCCUCUGGGAUGUUCAUACCCGUAUCGGUGGCGCGAAAGGGACUCAACUCCAAGUCGCCCAAUGCCCCGUUGGUAGUGUUAACGAUGCUUGCAUGGCUGCCCAUACCAAUGUCCACAUCACGAAGAGCGCGAGCAACGUUUACAUGGAGAACAAUUGGUUCUGGACAGCUGACCACGACCUUGAUGACGCUGCUUCUACUCAAAUCUCCAUCUUUGUGGGCCGAGGUCUUCUCGUAGAAGGCUCCAAUAUCUGGCUCUAUGGCAACGGAGUGGAGCAUCAGUCUUUGUACCAGUACCAGUUCGCAAACGCCAAGGACGUCUUCGCCGGCUUCAUCCAGAGCGAGACACCAUAUUACAUGCCGACACCAGAUGCGAAGGCUCAGCCGUACCCUGUUGACAGCACACUCAAUGACCCCAACUACAAUACGAUCUGCCCUGCCGACCAACGUUGCGACGCGCUUGGUCUCCGCGUCCUGAACUCAUCGAACAUUCUACUUUAUGGAGCAGGUUUCUAUUCCUUCUUCAUCUCCAACAACAAUGCAUGCAGUAAGGACACCAACUCGGUCCGCGACUGCCAGAACCGCAUUGUCAGCAUCGAGGGCUCCUCUACCGUUCUGGCGUACUCUCUGAAUGAGGUCGGCGCACUCCAGAUGGUCACCAUCGAUGGCGUCGACAAGGCGGCUUGGACGCCCAAUCUUUCUGGCUAUGCUAAUACCAUUGGCUAUUUCUCAUACAAGAUCUAG